AUGGAGACAACUCUGUAUUUCCUUACUUCUCCAGAUAAAGCCAAAUAUGAAGCGCUUGAUAUUUCCUGCUUACACUGGUUAGAUUUAGGAAAUCUGGAAAUAGAGCUAUUAGAAUUUCAAGAAAGUUCUAUCUGGAAAAAUAAAUUAUAUGCCCUGCGAGCCACACUUAAGAAGAUAGAAUGUGAAGGAUGACAAAGGACAGCACAGUUGGUAGUUCUGAAAAUGAAAUCCUUAAAGUGUGGAAUUCUCUGCCGAAUAAUUUGAAGACAAUGAAAGCACUUGGAAUUGCUCUUCUUUCGUUGUUUGGGUCAUCUUAUGCUUGUGAGCAGCUGUGAAUUAUAUCAAAAGCAAAUAAAUAAGGGAUGGGUCUGCGCCAAUAAACAGGGUAAAUAAAUAAUAAUAACAGUCCUGGUUGGGAUAGUAUUGAUAAAAUGGAGUUCGGUAGAGUAGAACUUGGAUCCUAUUUAUGGUCUCUGAAGUUGUGAGGUUCUGCUCGUUGCAAUAUCCAAAUAUAUAGAAGAAGGUGAUGGAUGAUGAGAAAGAUAAUUGGUUUGAGCAAUUUUGCCGCCAAUUUUAAUUUGUUCCAUACCUAUAUGUACCCCAGCUAGCCAGGUUGAAAAGUUUUUUAUCCAUUGAUAAAGCCUAUAUGGUGAAACGCGUUUGGAUAUUGUCCUGCUGUUAAAUACUGUUAAUAAAUACAUUUUGGUCAUUUUUUACUUCUGUACCAUUAUCUUUUGACUACUACCUGGCUUUUUAUAUAUUUAUAUAUAUCUUUUUAUAUUACUAUAUUUUUAUUUUUUAUUUUAUUUCAUUUGUACUAUACUCCAAAGAAUCCUAGGUGGGGAUUAUACCACCUAUGCCCUUGCCAUAGAGCAGUUAGUCUGCCCUAUACACCGUGAGUAUAUUUUAUUAUAUUUUAUACAUCAACAAUAUUUUAUUGACAGCACUAUUGCUGUUUUAUCUUCUCUCUGAGCUCCUGAUACCAUCUCCAAGAACACUCAUCAUAUAUCCUACAAGCGGGGAUUAUACCGCUGUAUGCCUACAACACUAGAGCUAGUAGAAGCUCUACCGAAUGUGAGUGUAUCUACUAUAUUUUAACAUCUUUUACUUUACUUGUGGAACAUACUGCACCAUUACUGUCUCCAUUUUUAUCUCCCACUUGGUUGUCUGUCACUACAUAGAAGAGGACACCCACCGUAUAUCCUGCAAGCGGGGAUAAUACCGCUGCAAGCCAUUCACACCUGAGCUUGAUUAAGCUCUGCCAACUGUAAGUAAGACCUCUCCUAUUUUUACUAUUUUGGAUCAUCUUUCUCAUCAUCCAUCACCUUCUUCUAUAUAUUUGGAUACUGCAACGAGCAGAUCCUCACAACUUCAGAGACCAUAAAUAGGAUCCAAGUUCUACUCUAAUGAACUCCGUUUUAUCAAUACUAUCCCAACCAGGACUCUUAUUAUUAUUUAUUUACCCUGUUUAUUGGCGCAGACCCAUCCCUUAUUUAUUUGCUUUUGUCUAUUUAUUCCAAGGAUACUUGAGGGAGUCCUUGUCUGGGACUGCUGCCUUUUUCCUCUUCCUAACAGAUUAGCAGAUUGAAUUAUAUCAAAUCUGAUACAAGAAACAGACUAACAGAUGAAUUGAGCGCUGCAUGUGUUGCUCUCAAACUAACGGCGUAUGAGCCAAGGUUUGACAAAUGUUCAGCAUGUAUACAGCAGCAAAAAUCACAUUAAUUGUGCAGAAGCAUGCCAACUGCAAACUUUUACUAAUGCAGUGUGUAUCCAAGACACUAAUUUAGGAGUUGUUUAAAGUGUGUUAAAGGACCACUAUAGUGCCAGGAAAACAUACUCGUUUUCCUGGCACUAUAGUGCCCAGAGGGUGCCCCCACCUUCCGGGCCCCCCUCCCGCCGGGCUCUAGGGGGUGGAAGGGGUUAAACUUACCGCUUUCUCCAGCGCCGGGCAGGGGACUCUCCUUCUCCUCGGCUGGCCGCGCGCACAUUCAGCCAGUCCAUAGGAAAGCAUUCACAAUGCUUUCCUAUGGACGCUGGCGUCUUCUCACUGUGAAAAUCACAGUGAGAAGCGCGGAAGCGUCUCUAGCGGCUGUCAAUGAGACAGCCACUAGAGGCUGGAUUAACCCUAUUAUAAACAUAACAGUUUCUCUGAAACUGCUAUGUUUAUAGAAAAAAGGGUUAAACCUAGCUGGACCUGGCACCCAGACCACUUCAUUAAGCUGAAGUGAUCUGGGUGCCUAUAGUGGUCCUUUAAGCAAGUUUAGUUUCCUUGUUUAUCUUGCUCAUCCUAAUUCAGGUAGACAUUUACUGUAACUGUAGAAGCAGAGAAAGGACCCAGAGUAAGGCUUUCCUCAUACAAUUUCAGUCUGGCAUGUGAUUAUAUUACAAGUUGAGUAUCCCCUUGUACACAUCUUUGGCACAGUUUACAUGCAGUUUUGGUGCAGCUGGACGGACAGACGCCUGAUGAAAAAUGGAUGUCCAUUCAAAGCUGCACCAAAACCGGAUGUAAGACUGAUGUAAACGGUGCCAAAGCAGCAAGUAAGAUGCAUGCAAACUGCAGGUGUAUAGGUGGGAAUAGGUCCUUAGUUAGGUGAAGCACCACCGAAUACCAGUGUGUUUUCAUUUACUAGAACUGAUGUUUUUUCAAUAAAAAACGGUUUGUAUCAUUGAACUCUCUGUUGUUGUGUUCUUCUUUUAAAGCAAAAGAUGUUAAUUAGUUUGGACAACUGUAUGAGUUGUUUUUUUCUAAACUUAAAACUCUGUAUUCAGGUUUAAUUGCAGUGUUGGCACUUUGAGGGGGAAAAAGUUGGGGGUUUUUUGCGGUUUGGGCACCUGGGCUCAAAAAUGUUCUCCAUCACUGGUAUAGGAAAUGGUGAGAAUGGGGGGAAGCAAUCUUCAGAAACCACUUUAAACAAUUACAUUGCUUUCAUAUGGCCAAAAACUCAGUCUAUGUUUUUAUGACUGUUUGAGGAUUAAUUUUCUCUUUUCUGCAAAAAAAAAAAAAUCGCAAAAACAUAUACUGACAAGUUUAUUUACAAAUGUGAGAAUUCAAAGUGAACUUCAAACUUAAGGUCAUAAUAGCCAAAUGUAAGAAUAGCUACCUGGGAUAUAUUUUGCAACUGUUCUGCUAUUUUGACCUUAAAUUUUAGAUUUACAUUGAAUUCCCACUUUUGUGAAUCACGUUUAAGUGACUUAAAAAUGCAGAGUAUUAAGUGUUACAAUAUUACAUGUUUCAAAAUUAUCCCCCCCCCCCCUUAAAAAAAAGCAUCGGUAAAUAUAAAACAAAUUUGUAGUUUUUCUUAAUUGGAUCUAUCAGAAAAAUAAAUAGUCAAUUCUCAACCAUGUUGUUUAAUAUUAAAGCGGCACUGUCUCGCUGAACUUAUCUUUCUCCUAUUGUUUCCUCUCCUUUUCCUCUUGGAGAAUCACUUCUUUUCUUUAUUUCUGAUUUAGUUUUCCUUAAAACAUAAGAUAAAGUAGGGAAUACACAGUCUUAUGUAUUUUUCCUGUGCCUGACAUUCUGACACAAGGUGGAGUGUAAGUCAGCUCCAUUCCCUGUGUCAAGGAGGAGGAGGAGGAAAUGGAGUGGACUUAAAGCUCCUCCUUGGGUCAAAUAAAUUCAAGUGUAGGAAAAAUUCCCUAUUUUCUCUUGUGUUUUAAAGAAAACUAGGUCAGAAAUAAAGAAAAGAAGAACAGAUUCCGGGAGAGGAAGAGAAGUGGACACAAUAGGAGAAAGGUAAGUUCGGUGUGACAGUGCUACUUUAAAGGGAAACUCCAGUGCCAGGAAAACAAUCCGUUUUCCUGGCACUGCAGGUCCCCUCUCCAUCCCACCUCCCAAUCCCUGGUUACUGAAGGGGUGAAAACCCCUUCAGUCACUUACCAGAGGCAGCGACAUGUCCCACGUCGCUGCUUCUUCCUCCCCAGCCGCUCCUUCUCUGCAUUACGUCGGCCAGUGGGCGAGACUGAUCCCAUUGAAAUGCUUUCCUAUGGGGAAUUGAGCGAUGCUGGAGGUCCUCAAACAGCGUGAGGACGUCCAGCGAUGCUCUAGCACAGCUUUUCUGUGCUUUGAUGCAGGAAGUGCCCUCUAGUGGCUGUCUAGUAGACAGUCACUAGAGGUGGAGUUAACCCUGCAAGGUAAUUAUUGCAGUUUUAAAAAAACUGCAAUAAUUACACUUGCAGGGUUAAGGGUAGUGGGAGUUGGCACCCAGACCACACCAAUGGGCAGAAGUGAUCUGGAUGCCUGGAGUGUCCCUUUAAGUGUGGUCUGAGACACAGUGGGACUCUUCCAGCAAUAAACAGUGUGAUAUUGACAAUUACAGUCAACUGUCACUCUAUAAUAUAACCAGAAAAAAAAAAACAACACAACAGUCUGCACACAUGGGUAAAUCCAAACACUCCACAGAUGAAAAAAAAGAUAAUGAAAAAGUACCACAUUUAUUUAAAAAAUUAAUAAAUACACAUGGCAUUACACUGUAACAGCAGUGCUCGUAUAUGCUGAGGUAGUUCCAAUACCAUAUGUACAAAAUAGUAUCAAGUGUGUAAAAUAACACAAUAUCCAAAGGAAAUAUAUAAAUACUGAGUGACUGAGCUACCCGCAGCUACUGUUCAGAGGAGAGGCCACCUAAGACCACCCAGAAAACGGUACGUGACGCCCUAGGCGUGUUUUGCACCCCACCUGGUGCUUUCUCAAAUUCUAUAAACUGUUACUCUAUAGUGGGUUUUAUUUUUGGCAAACCAGACUGUACAAUAAAAUAAUGCAUUUGUAGCUUGCAACUCUGUGAGAGGCUUAAUGGUAUACGAAGAUAUCUCCAUCCAAUCAGAAUGCCCACCAAUCUGUUAUACCACUCUAGUCUGCUUCCUCUCUUCAUUAACUUCUCAUAACAAAAGGCCAAAUCAACAACAUUAAUUCCAAUUUACUCCUUACUUACAUUUAACUCACUGACAGCAACCAACAUUAUCAUAUAGAUUACAGCAAUGUGUAAUCCCAAAGAUGGAGUGCAUACCAUGAACAAAGAGCAAAAGAAGCAGAAUUAAGACAUCCCUAAGUGCAAACAUAAUCAAAUGAUGAAGAAUGGCAGCCAUUAUGGCAAAUGAAAUUCCGCCCUUCAGCUUAUCAAUCCCUUGAACCAUCUUUGGCUGUGGCUUUGUAUUAAAACCUUUUGGUGGUAUCUCAGCUAUUGGGAUGUUUUACUUCUGACAUUUUGUCUUUUCUAUAUAGAAUGCACUAAAAGGGACAGUCAAAAAAACAAACAAAAAAAAAGGAAUAAAAAAAAAUAUACCCCCUUGAAAUUACUUUGCAAACCAAAUAACUUCCAGGUGGCUGGAACUCAUCACGGAAUGCAAGGUCACCCAACUAUACUGUCUGAAAUAUCUGUAUAGCGUCUGAAACAUCCAAACCCAUCUUGGCCUAUUUUUUUCAAUUAAAUUAAAAUAGGAAUUUGAAAUAUCAGUUACCUCUAAGGUUUUAAUCUGUAACUUCAAGCAAUAUUUGUUCUUGAGCAAAAUAUGUUUCAUUAUUUUACCUUUCAGAUUACAACCCUCUGGAAUUACUUCUUCUAGCUGUUGAGUAUCAACAACACCUGGACAGUGAUUCCUGUAAAGAGCAGAGGGUAAGUCCUUUAUUAUUCCAAAUCUCACACAUCAUGGAACAACAGUAGCGAGGCACAAAUAACAUAUGGGUCUGCAUGCAUGACUAAUACCUAUAUCAAACCCUAAAACAAGAUCUGGUUUAAUAUCUACUACAUGUAGUUGGGUAAUAAUUGACUCACAGACUAAACCAGCAUUAUUGCAUUGCUCGACUGAUGUGAUUCUGAUUUUCCUCUAUUGUAGGACUCAUUUAGCUUCCAGCAACCAGAGUCCACUAGUGCUUCGAUUAACUCGGUUUCACAUGAGUCUGCAGAUGUAAGUGACACAAACUUUGUAUGCUCUUUGUAGAUUUGAUUACAAUUGAUAAAUGUUGGCCAGACCUUGACAGCUAAUAUGUUCUAACAUAAUCAGUAUAUUGCUCCAACACUGCACACUUUGCACCCAUAUAGUGGCAACAAUCAAUUAAAACACUUUUUUACUAAACCGUUACUGUAAGCAUCAUAACUACUACAACAUGUUGUAGAAGUUAUGAUGCCAAGAGUACCCUAGUUAAGUGCAAAACUGUUUGGCAAUGGUUUGCUUCUUACUUGGGUCCUGAGUACAUCUAUCUCUAAUGCCAGAUGAAGUGAUUAUGUCAUUCCUUUACUGGAUGAGCAUUUUCAACCAAUGAAAGAACUACUGUUCAAAGAAUCAGGACAGAAUUAACAUUAGAACCAGCGAAGGCUGUCAAAGGUGGAGUUACACCUCUGGCAGCAAGCAAUAUAACAGGUCCUUGCACCAUAACCACAUCAAAACACUUAAGUGGUCAUGGUGCUUGAAGUAACCCAUUAAACAGGUACACCGGAUAAGUUUUACCAAUAUUUUAAUGAACUAUAGUUAAAAAGUAACAUAUACAAACCUGUAAACCACUGUAGAAUGCAGAACAUAUUCAGGAUCUUUUUCCUCAAAAAGCAACUUGCAUUUUUACCAUGAAUAAAACGACACAAUGGGCUUUACUGCUAAUAAUUCUCUUGUUUCUGUAUACUCUCUCAUAGAAGAAUUCGCACUUUGCUGUUGAAAAAACAGAACAAAUGUUAGGGCUAAUAUGCAAGAAGACUUUGCAUUUUUCAAAAAAGAAAAAAUUCAACAUCAGUGAUGGAUAAUUCAGGUCUAACAGAUAUAUUUUGAACCAUAGGCUCCUGUAAUAACCUUUAAUACUAUUGUUCCUGUAAAAAUGAAUCAAUGCGGGACUGCGUGUGAAAGGGAAACACAGGGGCACAUUAACCAGAACCAACAAUUUAGACCCAGCCCCCCCCUUAGUAAAGUUUAAAAAAAAAUACAAAAAAAAACUUUUUCCCAGCACCGAGAGGGUCCGCUGGUGCUGGCCCCAUCCUUGAUCCGCAUCCUUGGCUGUCAUAAUCAGAAUUGGUCAUCUCAGCAAAUCACAAUGCAUUCCCACAGAAAAGCAUUGGACUGGCUAAGACUGUCAAUUCUGACAAUCUCAGUCAUGGAGGUGGGGCAGGGCCAAACAUUGCCCUAGCCAAUCAACAUCUCCUCAUAUAGAUGCAUUAAUACAAUGCAUCUCUAUGGGGAGCAUUCAGCACUGCACCAGGAAGUACCUUUAAUGGCCGUCUGAGUUCGGUCACUAGAGGUGUUCCUAGGCUGUAAAUUAAACACUGCCUUUUCUCUGAAAAGACAGUGUUUACAUUAAAAAGCCUUCAGGGUCUGACUAUGUUCACCAGAAAAACUACAUUAAGCUGCAGUUGUUCUGGUGACUAUAAUAUCCCUUUAAGUCACCAUGACUCAAUAUUUAAAUAAUAGAAUCCAUAAUACAAGGGAAUGUUAAUAAGACAGUGAAAUGUAACAUAUACAGAAACUUCUCCCAACAGAAUUAUAGUAAGAUAGUUCUGCAUCUCGCUGACAUUCAACGUUCUUUAUCUAUACCAGGCUGUACAUGUAAAAAAAACAUGCAAGAAAAGAAAAGCCGAGACAUUAAACAUGUACCAGGCUGUACAUGUCAAAAAAACAUGCAAGAAAAGAAAAGUCGAGACAUUAGAGGUGUACCAGGCUAUACAUGUCAAAAAAUCAAGCAAGAAAAGAAAAGCCGGGUUGUACAUGUCAAACCAGGUUGUACAUGUAAAAAAAUCACGCAAGGAAAAAAAGGGAGCUAUUUCUCAACAUCUAACGCAUGAUGAGCCAUCGCAAAUGGGUCACCGUGUACCUGCCGGUAGGUAAUAAGCAUGCACAAAAACCUGAUACAUUCACUAAUAUAUACAUGUAAUCAUCUGGCUAUGUGCACCUUUAUACAUUUAACCCCCCGAUUCUGUGCAUCCCUGCAUUACACAUUUAUGCAUGCUAUGUAGAAAUUGCAAAAACACUACUAAAACUAAAAUACAUACUUCAGUGUGAAUCAUUACAAAAUGAUCAAGAAGGGCAAUCAACAUGGCAUUUGACAUGGCAGUUCAAAGGUUUUACUACAAGGCCUAUGUCACAGAAAAUAUCUGGACAUGGACAUACCCAUCAUUCCUCACUUGAUUCCAUCAAUUUGUAGGACUAUCUUUUGACAAAGAUUCGAGAUAACAUUUUGGAAGUAUCUCUGUUUUCAUUGAUAUUUUACCACUGACAUCUUCCUUUUUUGACAUGGCCUGCACUGUGAGAGACUCUUAAGGGUUAUCAUUAAAAAAUGAUUUAAAAUAUACAAAUUUGCAACUUCUGCAGUGAGCACUCUCCAAAUUAGGUAUUAUCUAAAAUCUCUGAUUUAUUAUUGGCACAUUUUUUUUUAUUGAAAUACAGGACUGCCAUUAGCAUGUGUAGAAAAUAUUAUUAAAAUGUAUGGUUUUAAUAUUUUUCCCUAUGUGUGCAUAAGUAAAAUAUGUUUUUUCAAUUUACCUUCAGGAAUAGAACUACUUCUUCUGGCUGCUGAAUACAUAGAAAGUAUGUCAGGCGGUCCCUGUAUAGAGCAGAAUGUGAGUCCUAACAUAUAACAUUUGUAAGAACAGGAUUGAUGAACCAAUAAUAUGGGGUCCAUGGGGACGUGUACACAAUGUAUGCCUGUACAAAACUCUUAAACCACGUCCAAGAUCCAAGUAUUGUUACUAAACUACAUACAUUGAACAGAAUUAUAAACACAACACUUUUUUGCCCCCAUUUUUCAUGAGCUGAACUCAAAGAUCUAAGACUUUUUCUAUGAACACAAAAGGCCUAUUUCUCUCAAAUAGUGUUCACAAAUCUGUCUAAAUCUGUGUUAGUGAGUAUCUCUCCUUUGCUGAGAUAAUCCAUCCACCUCACAGCAUGAUUAUUGCACAUGUGUGCCUUAGGCUGGCCACAAUAAAAUGCCACUCUAAAAUAGGCAGUUUUACUGUAUUGGGGUGGGUACGGGACGGUUCGAAAACCAGUCAGUAUCUGGUGUGACCACCAUUUUUUUUUUUGUAAAUAUCUUUUUAUUAUACCUUUUCGUUUUUGUUGAUUUUGCAACAUGUCAAAGAGAAACGUGGACUCGCAGGUCCCUCUGGUCAUUCACAGAAGCUUAUACAUCGGAAGGCAUGUGAUGACAUACGUGACUGGGCGACUCGCAGGUCGCUUUCUUGAGUAAAUAGCAUGUGUAUUGUGGACUCGCAGGUCCGGUGUUACAUGGUGGUGCUUAGUACUCUGUUAUAUUUGAUAUGUACCAUUUCUACGUUGGGUGGUUUUGCAUGCCCCACCGUGGUUGUGUUUUGUUUGUCUAUUCCCCAUGCCUACCCUCUAGUAAGUAGUGAGACAUGUGGACAUCUGGUGUGUAGGGUCCCUUCAGGACGCGCAGCCCCCCAGUGACCUUGUGUCCAGGGUCCUACCUGGACCAUAUUGUGGGGUGUUGGCCCCCUGCCUUAGUAUACUUUGGUUCUGCCCAGCGGCAUAGGUGGUGUUGGUGGGAAUAACCUAAGGGGCAUCCUGCGACUCCCUCCAAACUAAUGAGCUUUAUAGCUCACAAAACAGGCGCUCUUCCACCCCCUUUACUCGCGAGGCUGCAGUCCGCCCCGGAAGUAGUCGCACCCUAGCGGGGGUGAGGUAUCGCGUUUUGGGCCAGGUGUGGAUCGUCCCGCUAGUCUCCCAGCGUCUCCUCCUGGGGAUUAUCGGUUCCUUCCCCCAUGGUCAAUGGCAUAGUCCGAAAUGCCUCUGUACCCACCCGUGCCAACCAGGGUGUCCAUGUGUCUAAGUAUGUCUGCGUUCGGUCUUGGGCUGAAUACCAGAUCUCCUCUGUGACUCGUAACUCCUCCAUUCUAGUAAACCACAGGGAGAGUGUUGGGGUCGUGUCUUUUUUCCAGUACAAAGGUAUUAGGUGUUUUGCGACGUUAAGGAUUCGGAUGGUCAGGGAGCGUUUGUAGUGUGAUAUGGGGGUUGUCGUGUGGUGUAGGAGGUACGGGGCGGGCCGGAAGGGUGGGACAUUGUCCGUGAACAUGGCCACCAUGGCAGCUAUUUGCUCCCAGAACGGUACUAUAAGUGGGCGGUGUGACCACCAUUUGACUCACGCAGUGCAACAUAUCUCCUUCACAUAGAGUUGAUCAGGUUGUUGAUUGUGCCCUGUGAAAUGUUGGUCAACUCCUCUUGCUGUGUGAAGUUGCUGGUUAUUGGCAGGACCUGGAACACGCUGUCGUAUACGCCGAUCCCGUGCAUUCCAAACAUGCUUAAUUCACGUCAGGUGAAUAUGCUGGCCAUGCAAGAACUGGGGUGUUUUCAGCUUCCAGGAAUUGUGUACAGAUCCUUGCAACAUAGGGCCGUGCAUUGUCAUGUUGCAACAUUAGGUGAUGGUCGUGGAUAAAUGGCACAACAAUGGGCCUCAGGAUCUCCUCACGGUAUCUCUGUGCAUUCAAAAUGCCAUCAAUAAAACGCACCUGUGUUCAUUGUCCAUAACAUACGCCUCCCCAUCACAUAACCCCACCGCCAACAUGGGCCAUUUGAUCCACAAUGUUGACAUCAGCAAACCACUCACCCACACAACGUCAUACACGUUAUCUGCCACCUGCCCUGUACAGUGAAAACUGGGAUUCAUCCGUGAAGAGAACAGCUCUCCAAAGUGCCAGACGCCAUCGAAUCUGAGUAUUUGCCCAGUCAAGUCGGUUACAACGACGAACUGCAGUCAGGUUGAGACCCCGAUGAGCAUGCAGAUGAGCUUCACUGAGAUGGUUUCUGACAGUUUGUGCAGAAAAUCUUUGGUUAUGCAAACCGAUUGUUGCAGCAGCUGUCCGGGUGGCUAGUCUCAGACGAUCUUGGAGGUGAAGAUGCUGGAUGUGGAGGUCCUGGGCUAGUGUGGUUACACAAGGUCUGCAGUUGUGAGGGUGGUUGGAUGUACUGCCAAAUUCUUUGAAACGCCUUUGGAGACGGCUUAUGGGAGAGAAAUUAACAUUCAAUUCACGGGCAACAGCUAUGGUGGACAUUCCUGCAGUCAGCAUGAAAAUUGCACACUCCCUCAAAACUUGCGACAUUUUAGAGUGGCCUUUUAUUGUGGCCAGCCCAAGGCACACCUGUGCAAUAAUCAUGCUGUCUAAUCAGUAUCUUGAUAUGCCACACCUGUGAGGUGGAUGGAUUAUCUCGGCAAAGGAGAAGUGCUCGCUAACACAGAUUUAGACAGAUUUGUGAACAAUAUUUUAGAGAAAUAGGUCUUUUGUGUACAUAGAAAAAGUCUUAGAUCUUUGUGUUCAGCUCAUGAAAUAUGGGGGCAAAAACAAAAGUGUUGCAUUUAUAAUUUUGUUCAGUGUAUAAUUGAGUAAUGGUCAACCUACAAACAGAACCAACCCUCUCCCAGACACUAAUGCUAUUCUUAAUUUCUUCUUUUUUAGGACUCCUUAAUCUCCCAACAACAAGAGACAUUUGCAACUCCAGAAAAAACGAUUUUACAUGAGUUUGCCGAUGUAAGUGAUACAAACUUCAUAUAUUCAUUGACUAUUUGAUUAUUAUUAAUAGACUUGUUCUUUUUAGUUUCACCUGAAGUGCAAUUCAUCCAAAAUUGGGCCAAUCGUCUGUUUGGCCAAAUUCCAUAUCUCCGAAGUGCCAUAAGGAUGCAUAACCAAGUAAACAACAGUGCAACAGCUGAAAAUGUAAAUUUGAUUGGUAUGCAGAGUUUCACAAAGGAUGCCAAAAAAAGAGAUGAUAGAUGGGAUAAAUAAAACAAUGAAUGGUUAGGCUAGGGUCCAGUGAAAAAAAAUAAUAUUUUAUUUACAGAUUAAAGGGAUUCUAUAGUGCCAGGAAAAGAGAGCCUUUUGCUGGCACUGUAGAAUCCUACAGUACCCCCUCCCUCACACCCCCCUUUCAGCCACUUACCAGAUUCCAGGCCCAAUCUCCCUCAGUGCUGGGUCAGGCUCCGCCUACACUCCUCCCCUGCUGACAUCAGCCGGCGGGGGAGACCUAAUGCGCAUGCGCUGCAAUGGCUGCGCAUCCAUUAGGAUUUCCCCAUAGGAAAGCAUUAUUCCAUGCUUUCCUAUGGGGAAAAGGGUCAGUUUGAUUUCCGGAAGUCUCUAUAGUGGGUGUCUGGAAGACAGCCACUAGAGGUGGAGUUUACCCUCAGAGGUAAUUAUUGCAGUUUAUCAGAAACUGCAAUAAUUACCACUGUAAGGUUAAGGAACAUGGGACAAUGCACCCAGACCACUAGAAUGAGCUGAAGUGGUCUGGGUGCCUACAGUGUCCCUUUAGGCGAACAAUAGAGUGAAAAAUAAGAGAAGCAGUAAAAGAAAUGUCUAUACUUAUAUAUUUAAAAGGACACUCCAGGCACCAAAACAACUUAAUUUAAAUGAAGUUGUGAUGGUGUCAGGAGGCUUCCGGAGGCACUCUUACCUCAAGGGGUUAAUCUGGCUUGGAAAAGGUAUGUUUCUUUCCAAGUCAGUUUUGAGAAUGGGGAGUCUUUAAUUGGCUGAGAGUGUCAGCAGACUGCAUUCAGCGGCCCCCACUGCCUGGCGGCACUCUGCACUUCCUGAAAGUGAAAUUUCAGAAGCUGGAUGUUGCAUGGGGGGAGUGGAGAUUGCCGCUGGGGGAAACUUUGGGGUUAAACCAGUUGAGAACGGAUAAACCCCUUGAGAAAAACACGUCUCCAGGGUUUAACUUCUUCUUGUCUUUUUACCUCUACUAGUCCGUAUUUUUCACUUGAUUUAUAAAUCACAUGGUAUUUAAAUGCACUUUUCAGUGUACUCCAGUCCUGCAGAAACGUAAAAUGCUAAUAAUCGGCAGAACCAGCAAUCAAUUAUUGCUAUAUCCUAAGUUUAUGUGUUCUAUAGGAAGUGUACAUAAUGUAUUUUAUAUAUAUAUGCUUACACAGUAUUUGGAAUUCUGAGUAAAAGUCAGGAUACGUGUUUUGAUUAUUUUCCCUUCGUUAUAGAUUUGCUCCCAGACAGAAAAGGUACAGUUUUGUUUUUUUACUGCUUCCACUUUUUAUAUUAUGAGAUGCUCUAUUACAAGGACUGGUAAUCCUAUUUAAUUUGCAUGUUACACACCAAGAACUUCUUUGUCCUUGUUUCUAUACCGACACUUUUUCAGGCUUUAAUCACUGUAUGAAUACACAGAACAACUAACUGGGUUGCAAUGGCAUUAUUUAGAUAGAUAAAUGGUACACAGAUCCACCUUCCCCCCCAAAUUAAGUUUAUUUUUUGAGGGACACCAUUUCUACAUGAUACUAUUUCUUUCAUUGUUAAAGAUGCAAUAUAAACACAAUAAACACUACAGCCAAGCUAGUGAACAGUUCAGUUCACUUUUGCUUUGGGGUCCCCUAGUUUGUAACUGACUGUUUCAAAAGAGUUUUACACAUAGGAUUCAGGUCGCCCUGUGGCCUAGGAAUUUUGCCUUGGCGCCUGGAAUAUGUGAGCCCAUCGGGUGAGAGACCGGCUGGGGAAUUAUGGCGGUGGGCAGCAAGCUGGUGGAUUAUGAAGGCGGGCAGCAUGCUGGUAGGUCGUGGUGGAGGACAGCAUGUUGGUAAGUCGUGGAGGCAGGCGGCGAGGGAACUGUGACGUCCCUGCUCUGCACCCCGCCCUUGCGCACCACUUAGUGAGACCGUCAUAUCCACUAUGACGUCAUAUACCGGCCCUGGUCUCACGAAGUGGCACGAGGGUGGGGAAGCAGGGAUAUCACAGUUUUUGUACCUCCAGGCAGCAAUACGCGCAGCUAGCUGCCCGCCUCAACAACUCCCCCCAAGCAUGCCGCCCGCCUCCAUAAUCCCCUUACUUGCCGCCCGCCUGAACGAUCCCCCAGUCAGUCGCCCACUGGACCCCACAGGUAUUGUCUGUUUGUCAUGGUGUGAGUGUAUGGAUCUCAUUUAGUAUCUGUGUUUGUCUGUUUGCCUGUUUUGUGGUGUAUGUGUGUGUCUUUCAUGGUUUGUGUGUCUGCCUGUCAUGAUAUAUGUGUGUCUGUCUGUCAUGGUAUGUGAGAGUGUGUGUGUCAUGGUAUGCGUGUGUGUCUGUCAUAAUAUACCUGUGUGUGUCUGUCAUGGUACGUGUGUCUGUCAUGGUACAUGUGUGUGCGUGUCUGUCAUGGUGUGUGUGUGUGUGUGUGUCUGUCAUGGUAUAUGUGUGUGCAUGUCUGUCAUGGUGUGUGUGUGUGUCUGUCAUGGUAUGUGUCUGUCUGUCAGUGUGUGUCAUGAUGUGUGUUUAGGUUUCCAGAAGCAUUCCGUUCGCAAGGGAAUGGUGUUUUAACUCACCUUUUUUCCCCCAAGCCAUGCUGGUCUGCCCUCGACUGGCUCUGCCUCUAUGGCGGAGAUGAUCAAGCUUGAUGAUCUCAGCCAAUCCAAUAUUUUCCCAUAGAAUGGGCUGCAAAAUGCUGCACCAAUCAGCAUCUCCUCAUAGAGAUGCAUUGAAUCAAUGCAUCUCUAUGGGGAACAUUCAGCGCCACCAUGCAGAGCGUGGAGACGCUGAAUGUAGGUACUGCACACUGUGCAGCUCUGACACAGGAAGUACCUCAUGACCCUCUGAGUGACAGUCACUAGAGGUGUCACUAGGAAGCAAUGUAAACACUGCCUUUUUUCUUAAAUGUCAGUGGUGGUCCUGGUGACUAUCGUGUACCUUUAAGAAUUUUAUUAUUGUCGUUGAAUAUAAAGCUAUGUAAGUUUUUAAAAAAACUGGUUCCCAACAUUUUUAGCUGGCUCCUAGAAUCAAGGCAACUUUGUCAAGCCCUGUAUUAGAAAACUUUCAAAAUGAUUUAUCUACAAAAAAAUCCCAUAAUGGUUACUUCUGUAAAUGAAUAAUUUGCAAUGCUUCUUAAGAGUUUCAUUUUGAAAGAACCAGUUUAGACACCAUAACAACCGCCAGUUGUUAUAGUGCCAGGAGGUCCAUGGCAUUCAUUAACCUUAAGGGGUUAAACUGUUUUCAAACUAUCUAUUGCCAUAAGGCUCUUGCAGAAAUCGGCAGCUGAUGCUCUUAGCCAAUCAGCGACUCCUCUUACAUAAAAACUGGCUAUUUAUGAAUUGGAAGUCACUGAUUGGCUGAGAGCAUCAGCUGACCGCUCUCAGCCAAUCUGCGGCACCGCUGCUGGAGAGAAAGAGUGGAAGGGAGAUUCGGCUUUGAAACACAGUCCUUCAAGAAAGGUUUAACCCUUUAAGGUGAGCCAGCAGCAGGGACCUCCUACAACCAUAACUUAUUUUUUAUGAGGUUGGUUUGGUGCUCAUAGUGUAACUUUAGAUCAAGGCCAUAGCUUUUGAUUUAAUAUUGUUGGUUAAGAAAUUUAAUAUUUUUGGAUAAAUGUUUUAAAUGAUUUAAUAAUGUGAAAAUUUUUUUAAAGUAAUUGUUUAUAUUUUUGAUAAUAUAUUUUUGCUAUUUUAACAUAUUGAAAAAAAUAUUAAAAAGUUUAUCCAAAUGAUAUUAAAACAUUUUAAAAAUCUUAUUCAACAAUAUUAGAUUGGGAAUAGAGCCUGAAGUAUAGUAGAACCAUAAAAGCUACAAAGGGCUAUAGUGGGUAUGGUGAUUAAGCUGCCCCUUUUCAGGUAUGCAUCGUGAAACAUUUACCUGUAUUUGAAAAGGGAACUGGGACUUCCCAGGAUUAUUAUUAUUAUGCUUUCUUAUCCCCUACAUUUAAAGCAGCACUGUCACCCCCACCCCAAAGAUAUAAUCUUUGUGAAAUACUUUUUGACAGUACUGGAAUUUCACUGAAAUUCAUUCCACUGUCCUAUUGAUAUUCCCCUACUAAAUGAAAUUUUAACUGAGUCAAGAGAUAUACAGAGGCAAAGUAGGAACUACUUUGUCUCUGUAUUUCUUCUCCCUCUGACUUUCUGUUCUGGUGGCCAGUAAAGGCUGCAGAAAACUGGCUGUGUCUACAGAGGAUCCUGCAGUUUUGCGGGAUCCUUUAUAGUCCUCAAUUCUGAACUUGCGAGAGUAAUGCAGAAUCUACAGCUCCUGGCACUCUGAAGAGGAGUAGGCCGAGGAAGAUGGUGGUGACUGUGAGUAACAGGCAAGUAAAACACACCUUUACCUGCACUCCCCCCUCCCUCAACACACACACACACACACACACACACACACUUCCAGAUCCCCAGCGGUAAUAUCAUUAUAUGGGGGUCUUUGUGAAUUCAGCAAAGUUCCCAGACAGUAACAAUGCUGCUUUAACAAACAUGAUUUUAUGAAGUGUGAAAAAUAAAAUGAAAAUGUAGAAAUCCACACCUCUCUAACCUGCAAUUGGAUGCAUCCACCUUAGCACUUGUCAACAUCAUAUAGGGACUUAUUCUCAUGACAGUGAACUAUACCAACUUACCGUAAAUUGCAAAGUUACAAAACAUGUUCUAUGUUACAACUCUUAAACAACUAUUAAACUCUGAAUUUUCAUCCACAAUGAUUCAAUAUUUAGUAAAAAAGGACCCAGUGUGCAGGGGAAUGUCAAUGAGACAGUGGAAUGUAAUGUAUCCGGGAUUUGUGUUUCUCCAAAUAAUUAUAGUAAGAUAGUUCUCACAUAAUGCUCUUUUAUCCAUGCCAGGCUUUACUUGUUAGAAAAACAUGUAAGGAAAACAAAGGAGCCCUUUACCAGAAAUUGGAGCAUCAUGGGACAUUGGAAACGUUUCGCCAUGUACUUGACGGUAAGUAGAAACCAUAUAACACUUAUUUACUUGUUCCAAUCACAGAACUUAUUCUCUGACACAGACACUGAAAUGAGAUAUGUGUUACCUUACUGAAAGUACACCUGUUACAAAAGUAUUAUAUACACUGAUCAGCCACAACAUUAAAGGGACAGUUGGUCUGGUGUCUUUAGUUUGCCCCUCUAUGAGGAGAUGCCGAUUGGCCAGCGUGGCAUUUGGCUGCUGGAAACAUGGUGAGGUUUUUACUCUAUUUAAGUGAGACGAUGGGUGGCUGGGGACCUAAAUAGUAUUUAACACAAUAGAGUCAGGAAUACACAUAUUUAUUCAUGAUCCUAUAGUGUUCCUUUAAAACCAGGUGAAGUAAAAAACAUUGAUUAUUUAUUUAGAAUGGUACCUGUCAAGGGGUGGAAUAUAUUAGGGAGAAAGUAAACAGUCAGUUCUUGUAUGUCAUGUGUUAUGAGCAGUAAAAAUGUACAAGCAAAAAGAUCUGAGUGAUUUUGACAAGGGCCAAAUAGUGGCUUUAUGUCUUGGUCAGAGAAUUUAAAAAAUGCCAAGUCUUGUGGGGGUGAUCCCGCUAGGCUGUGGUUAGUACCUACCAAAAUAGGUGCAAGGAAGGACAACCGGUGAACUGGCGUCAGAGUCAAGGGUGCCUGAGGCUCAUUGAUACAUGUGGGGAGCGAAGGCUAGCUCAUUUUGGUCUGAUCAUGGGGAUGGCCAGGUUCGUGGGCGCUGUUUAUCUGGGGAAGAGAUGGCAGCAGGAUGUACUAUGGUAAGAAGGCAAACCGGCAGAGGCAGUGUUAUGCUCAGGGAAAUGUUCUGCUAAGAGACUCGGAUGGCAAAAACAUUUUUCACCAGGAUAAUGCACACUACAAGACUUGUUCAGGAGUGGUUUGAGGAACAUGUAGUUAUAGGUGUUGCCUUGGCCUCCAAAUUGCACAGUUCACAAUUCAAUUUAGCAUCUGUGUGAUGUGCUAGAACAACAAAUGCGAUCCAUGGAGGCCCCACCUAGCAACUUGCAGAACUGCAGAAGUGUCUAAAGCAAUGUCAUUAUUUAUUUAUCAAUUACAUUUAUCACAACAGAUUAGAUGGGUACACAUAUACACAACAAAGUGGCAGUUACAUUUCAGGCAUUUACAUAUCAUUGAGGCAGUUGGAAAUAAUAGUGGAGGGCAGAUAAAAUAAUUAUUUUCGUUUACUGUGUACAUAUUACACAUACAAUUUAAAAUUAACAAACACUUUUUUCUUCUGCUUUAACCCCUUAAGGACGGAGCCAAUUGUACACAUUUUGAUCAAAACAAAACGUAAACAAAACCUGGAAUUUGAGCUAUAUGUCUGUUCAGCCGUAAUUCACAUCUUUCAUAUUAAGUGCACCCACACUUUUAUUAUAUAUAAUUUUGUUUAGGAGAAACAGGGCUUUCAUUUCAUAUCACAUAUUUAUAUAUGAAACAACUGAAUGUGAAUAAAAUCUUUAAAAAAGUGUUAGAAAUUAAGAAAUGUUAUUUUUCAAGUUCUGCAUGACAUUUGUCAUAAUAAGGUUAGAUUUUACUGCAAUGAAAUACACAUUUGUAUUCAGCAAUGUCUCAGUAGUACAACAGUUCCCCCCCUGCCCCCAUGUGUACAGGUCGUAUGAGUUUUUGGAAACUUACAGGGGUCAAAUAUAGGGCUUUCCCCUUUUCAACGUUUAAAUUUGCCAGAUUGGUUUGCUGGGCCUAUGUUGCCUUUGAGACCGUAUGGUAGCCCAGGAAUGAAAAUAAAUCCCCAUCUUGGUAUACCACCUGUAAAAGUAGACAACCCAGGGUAAUCAAAAUGGGGUAUGUCCAGUCUUUUUUAGAAGCCACUCGGUCACAAACCCUUAGUUUAGCAUUUAUAUAUUUAUUUAUUUUUACAAAUAAACUGCCCUUUCACCGAUAUCAUCAGUAUUACACAUUUUACUGCUCUAAAACACUCACAUUUGUGCAGAGCAUGGGUCGUCAACCUGGUCCCUACCGCCCACUAGUGGGCGUUUCAGGAUUCCAGGUGGGCGGUAGGGAUUUCCUCGUUUUGAGAAGCUGAGUGGGAGCGAGCCGGCGGUACCCCUGCGACCGGGUACUGCCGUCACCAUUUGCAGCCCCGGCCCGCGCGGCAAACCACCGGGGCCGCUGUCCAAGGGGUCCAUCGGGUGGCCCAUGCGGUCAGGGCCACCCGAUGGAUGUGAAUUGUAAGGGGGCCCGGUCAGCACUGGGCGCUUUAACAACGCGACCGGGCCCCCUGUGAUUACAUCACAGAACUGGGAGGAAGUGACUGCACGUCACUCCUCCCAGCUAACACACAGACCGCGCGGGAGGAAGCAUCAUUCACCUGAGCCACCACUGGACCCCAGGGAAUGUCACCCUCCUGCACCUAAAAGGUAGGAAAUAGGAGGGUGACUAAAAUAUUUUGUGUGUGUUUGUUUGUGGGUAUGUGUCUUUGUAUGUAUGUUUUGUGUGUGUCUGUCUCUGUGUGUAUGUGUCUGUCUAUAUAUGUAUGUGUUAUGUGUGUGUCUUUGUAUUAUGUUAGUGUGUCUUAUGUAUGUGCCUUGGGUCUGUCUGUAUGUGUGUAUGUGUGUGUCUGUAUGUGCGCAUGUCUGUAUGUAUGUGUGCCUGUCUGUAUGUGUCGUGUGUGUGUGUGUGUCUGUUUGUAUGCCUGUCUGUUAUAGUGGGCUAUAGUAAGUGGGCUACCUAGCUCAGCCUUCCUACUGGGCAUUGCUAUAAGGAAGGUUAAAAAAAUAGAAAAAAAACGGGGGGAAAAAAAGGUUGGGAGAAGAAUUUAGGAGGGAGAACAGAUGAGCUGACGCACAGAUGAGAAAUCAUAUUAUGAGCAAACAGAGAAGUUGUCUGAAUAUCAUUGAAAGAGGAGACCUUUGUUUGUUCCUUACGAAAAUCGAAUCAGAUAUCAAAUAUUUAGCCUCGCAGCAUCAACCUCAAGGAUCUCAUUAAUCACUAGUAAAGAUAAUUUCAAUUUACUUUAUUGUUUUCUCAUUAAACUUUAUUAAGUUAAAAACAUUAUAAACAUGCAUUAAGUAGAAAUAAAAAGAUAAAUGUACGUACAUUUAUAUUUUUUAAAACACCCUCCUUUCUAAAAAAUAUUCUGCACUUGCGCGAAAACUGGUGGGCGGUAAGGAAAUUUUUCCAUCAAGAAAGAUGCAUUAGUGGGCGGUAGGUAGAAAAAGGUUGACUAUCACUGGUGUAAAGUAAUGUCGCUCGAAUACAACAUACCCCUCAUGUACAUAUAUAUUUUUAUUUCAUUUAUUUAUUGAAUGUAUAUAUUAUUUUAAUUUUAUAUAUAUAUAUAUAUAUAUAUAUAUAAAAAUUAAAAAUUAAUGGUUGCACUCACGGUUUUUCCAAUUAAAAGUCCAAAGUUUAUUGUCAAUUCAUAAACUUUGGACUUUUAAUUGGAAAAACCGUGAGUGCAACCAUUAAUUUUUAAUUUUUGUAUUUUUUGGCUACAUAUGGUUGGCACCCGGUCGUGAAGGGAAAUUCAGCGUGAGUGCAGGAACUGAUUUUUAUUUUUUGUAUAUAUAUAUAUAUAUAUAUAUAUAUAUAUAUAUAUAUAUAUAUAUAAACAGAUAAAAUGUGUAUCUUGUAAUACCUUUUUUAUUGGACUAAGAUUUUUUAAUGACAAGCUUUUGCGAAAGCCUCCGUUUCUCAAGUCUGAAGGAUUUCUGAGCAAGACGACACAUAGAAUUCAAAGUUGAGUUGUGAUACAGGGGUUAAAGCACAUGAGUGCAUAUAAGACACAGGUUUGAUAGAAAAUAGACAACAUUCUUGCAGAGGGUCAUACAUAUCUUUCUGAAGAUCAAAGUGAGGGGGAGAGGGAGAAAAAAAAAAAAUCAAGCAGACAGUGCAAAAGAUGGUACACUUUAUACACACACAUAUAUAUAUAAUAUAUGUAUAUACAAACGCAUAACCACAUAUACAUACACAUGUACUUACAUGUUCAUAUAUUGAUAUAUACAUAACUAUCAAUAUAAAGCUAUGCCUGCCAUGUGAUUGUGCUUUCAGGGCAAAUCACAUGGCCCCCAGGGUCCUAGUUUACUGCGGGGGUACUGCUUGGGCUGUCAGGCAGUCCCCCAGAAGAGAAUCGCAGCGGAGGUGAGUAGAGAGCUGGGGCUUAAAGCUGUAACGGCAUUCCAUGCCGUCGCAACGGCUUUAAAACCCAUUUAAAGUGGGAUGGCAUGGAAAGCCGUAACGACAUUAACGGAUUAAUCCAUUUAAAAAGACAGGAAUACAAAAGGAUCCUGAUGAAAUUCCUCGCAAAUUUUUUGUUUUUUGUGCUCCUGCUUUUUAUAUAUGAAUUAUAGGAGCAGAAAAGAAUUCUGAAAUUUAAAUCCGGUUGAGUACCUACUUGUCAGAAAUCGAUGAAUGCAUGGUUGUAUGUGUGUAUCAACACAACACAGUCACCCAGUCAUCUCUGGGUAAAAGUAGCUGCAGACUUGAUACUGCACAAAAGAACUAUAAACAAAUGCAACAGUUUUCUUUAAAGUGGCACUGUCAUGCCAAACUUACCUUUCCUUAAGCUCUUCCUCUUCUCCCCCUCACUCAGGAUGUGUUCUUUUCUUCCUGUCUUCUUUAGAUUUCUUUAAAAAUCAUAAGACAAAGUAGGGACUCUCUGCCUUAUGGAGGUUUCCUCCGCUUGACCAGCUCUGACCAGGAGAGGAGCAAAGUGUGCUUCAUUUCCGCUGGUCAGAGCAAUUUUCCCACAAUUCUCACCUUUCCUCUGUGUUCCCGCGAUGCUUCAUGUCAUUUUAGACUAAACUGCCGAAUUGCGUUCUAACUGAAUGAGAACAGUAUGUUCGUUUUAGAACGCAAUUCGGCACUUUAUUUGUGUCGGAAUUUCAUUAGAAUGAAUGAAACUCCGAUCCUAUUCGUGCUGUGGCUGCAUCUUGCAGACACUUAGUAGAUAACUCCCUGAUACCGUGGGAACUAGGGAGUUAGCUACUAAAAGGCUGAAAGACCUAAACUGGUCUUUCAGCCACAUUUACUAAGACUAAGUAAAGAUUAGUAAAUGCUGCCCCUACUUGCUAUACCGCGAGUAGUGGCAUGUCUAGUAAACAGUGAGCAGCCUGUGGGACCUACUGUCCUCCUCCCCCGCCGCUGGGCGCCAGCCAUAAUGAUAAUGAGGGGGGGGACACCUAUUGUCCUCCCCCCCCACACCUCUGGGCGGCAGGUGGGGGCCAUAAUGAUAAUGGGGGGGGGACCUACUGUCCUCCCACCCCUGGGUGGCGGGUGGGGGCCAUAAAGAUAAUGAGGGGGGGACACCUACUGCUCCCCCCUGCCCCCACCCCUGGGCGGCGGCCCUAAGUCAAAUCCCAAUCAAAGGUGACUAGGGGUCCCCAAGCUCCUAGUUACCCACCCCCCUGGGUGGCAGGUGGGGACCAUAAUGAUAAUGGGGGGGAGAGGAUGACCUACUGUCCUCCACACAGGCCUCCACCCCAGGGCAUCGGGUGGGGGCCAUAAUGAUAAUGAGGGGGGGGGACCUACUGUCCUCCCCACCCACGGUGGCGGGUGGGGGCCAAAUGAGGAUAGUGACAUCCAAUUACAGUGCUCUGUGUCAUUUUACAAAGCGUGGGAAAAUUCCAAAGAACUUUCCCACGCUGUGUAAAAUGACACAGAGCACUGUGACUAGAUGGAUUUCAAGCCAUCCAAUCACAGUGCUCUGUCAUUUUACACAGCGUGAGAUGCUGUGUAAAAUGACAAAGAGCACUCUGAUUGGCUUAAACCCACCAAUCAGAGUGUUCUUAGCCUAAUUGCAGGGGGGGCAAAGCUUUAUAAGCCUUCCCCCGCCCUGCAGAGCUCAGUCUGCGCGGAGCCCUCCAUGGGUGAAGAUGGAUUUUUUUUUUGCGCUCUGGUUUUUUCUUUUUCGUCUGUUUUUUUUUUUUUGUGCUCGGGUUUUUUUAUUUUAUUUUAAGUUCGACGGGUAUGAUGGUUUUUUAUUUGGCCUUUUUUGGGGCUUAAAAAUGAAGAUUUUAGAAAAAAAGACGUCAAAUGGUAAGUUUAAUUUUACUUUACAGGUUAGUAAUUUUAUUCCCCCUCACUAUUUUUUAGGGUGAGGGGGGUAGGUAGGGGCCUUUUUAUUAUAUGACUAGGGGGAAUUUGACUUAGGGCCUCCAUCUGCCGCCCAGGGGUGGGGGGAGGACAGUAGGUCCCCCCCCUCAUUAUCUUUAUGGUCCCCACCCGCCGCCCAGGGUUGGGGGAGGACAGUAGGUCCCCCUCCCUCAUUAUCAUUAUGGCCCCCACUCGCCACCAAGGGGUGGGAGCGACAGUACGUCCCCCCCCCCGCCGCCCAGGAGUGGGGGUGGACAGUAGGUUCCCCCCUCAUUGUAAUUUAUGGCCCCCACCCAGGGGCCGGCGGGGGCAAUAGGUCUCCCCCUUAUUUUUGUUUUGACAGUGCCACUUUAACCCCUUAAGGACGCAGCCAAAUGUACACGUUGUGAUCAAAACAAAAAGUAAACAAAAACUGGAAUUUGCGCUAUAUGUCUGUUCAGGCGUAAUUCGCCUAUUUCAUAUUAUGUGCACCCACACUUAUUAUAUAUCAUUUUAUUCAGGGGAAACAGGGCUUUCAUUUAACAUCAAAUAUAUAGGUCUGAAACUAUUUAAUAUGUAUAAAAUCUUUUAAAAAUGGGGAAAAAUAAGAAUUUUAAAAUGUUUUUAGUUCUAUGUGACAUUCUAACUGUGAAUGUCAUAAUACUGUUUGCUUUUACUGCAAUAAAAUACACAUUUGUAUUCAGCGAUGUCUCACGUGUAAAACAGUACCCCCUAUGUACAGGUUUUAUGGUGUUUUUGGAAGUUACAGAGACAAAUAUAGCGUGUUACAUUUUUCAUUUUUUUCACAUUGAAAUUCGCCAGAUUGGUUACAUUGCCUUUGAGACCGUAUGGUAGCCCAGGAAUAAGAAUUACCCCCAUGAUGGCAUACCAUCUGCAAAAGUAUACAACACAAGCUAUUGCAAAUGGGGUAUGUCCAGUGUUUUUAGUAGCCACUUGGUCACAAACACUGGCCAAAGUUAGUGUUAAUUUUUGAAAAUGCAAAAAACUAAUUUGAAUGCCAAUUUUUGUGACCAGUGUUUGUGACCAAGUGGCUACUAAAAAAAGACUGAACAUACCCAAUUUGCAAUACCUUGGGUUGUCUACUAUUGCAAAUGGUAUGCCAUCAUGGUGGUAAUUUUCAUUCCUGGGCUACCGUACGGUCUCAAAGGCAACAUAACCAACCUGGUGAAUUUCAAUGUGAAAAAACUUCAACGCAAGCCUUAUAUUUGACUCUCUAACUUUUGAAAACACCAUAAAACCUGUACAUGAGGGGUACUGUUAUACUCGGGAGACUUCGCUAAAAACAAACAGUGUUUCAAAACAGUAAAAACGUAUCACAACGAUUAUAUCGUCAGUGUAAGUGCCAUUUGUGUGUGAAAAAUGCAAAAAAUGUAACUUUCACUAUCGUCGUUGUAAUAGUGUUUCAAAACAGUAAAAUGUAUUACAACGACGAUAGUGAAAGUUACAUUUUGCAUUUUUCACACACAAAUGGCACUUACACUGACGAUAUAAUCGUUGUGAUACGUUUUACUGUUUUGAAACACUAAUAUUUGUGUUCAGCGAAGUCUUCCGAAUAAAACAGUACCCCUCAUGUACAGGUUUUAUGGUGUUUUGGAAAGUUACAGGGUUAAAUAUAGUGCUAGCAAAUUAUAUUCCCUGGAAUUUUGGCCUGGGUUGUCAGGCAGGUUCUGCAAAUUGUAAUUAAUAAAAUGACCUAAUUAUGUAAAAUUACAUAAAUAUAUAUACUGUGACCUUUAAGGGCAAAGCAACACAGUCCUCUAGGGUAACAGGUACAGAACAACAGUCUCUUAUGCAAAAAUGGUGUGGUUUAUUUACAUUGUGCACAAAAAUCCAUGCAGCAAUCAGUUUGUUCAAAACAUCAGCAAAACAGAAAGGAAAGUCUACAAACAAAAUCCUAGCUCAAAUUUGAGCACUAACUAAACAAAGAAAUGUCCCUUUCUAAACCAGGGUAAUAAACUACACAAUUCAACAAAAUAAACAUUGGUUUCACCAACCUUUAGCACUUUGUUUGUUGCUGCUCAGCACAGACCUGCUCUCUCUGCAGGUCAGAUUGUAUCUCCCCCUUUCUGCUCUGA